ACUAUUUUGGGUUGUUUUAAUGACUUGAGACAGCUGAAAAAGAAAACACACGAGCAACGACAGCAACGGCGGUGACGCUUGCGUGAGGCAAAGCGGCACGGGGCGCAGCUCUGACGCGUCUGGUGCGCGCAUAUAAAGCCCGGCGCGCACCACAAGCGCUUCACAUCUGAGGAGACGCAAGAGCAUUGCACACAGACAUCUCAACAACACCUUGGAAAAUAUGCACUCUAACUUUGUCAGUUGGGUGGGGACCUUGGCGUUCCUGCUGUGGGCUGUGCUGUGCCUGGGCACCCUGACAAAUGGUUACCCGGUGAAACCCGAGAACCCCGGCGAAGACGCCCCGGCCGAGGACCUGGCCAAGUACUACUCAGCCCUGAGACACUACAUCAACCUCAUCACAAGACAGAGGUAUGGCAAGAGGUCCAAUCCUGAGAUAUUGGACACGCUGAUCUCUGAGCUGUUAUUGAAGGAAAGCGCAGACACACUUCCACAGUCGAGAUACGACCCGUCAUUGUGGUGAGGAGGUCAUUCGUCGGUCCGACCUCCACAUCUAAACAUCAUGUCAUCGCAGAUGCCCCCAAAAGGACCACCCUGUCUCUGCCACAUCCCUCCUCCUUGCCCAUCUGCAACUGUUCUGCU